UAACUGGUUAAGUUAAUGGAAGUCAGGAUGCCAUGCCACAAUCAGCAGCUGAACAAUGUGAGCAGUGGCCAGGAGCACCCAAUGAAGCAAGUUCGGUUUGCAAACAGUAGCAGCAGUGUCCCUGCAGUUGUGUCCAACUCUGAAUCGAGCGAUGCCACCACACAGCCUGUCAGCCAGGACAGUCUCGGACCCCAGCUUAAGCUGCUUCCUCUGAACGACCAGAUCCGUGAAUUACAGACAAUAAUCAGGGACAAGACAACCAGCAGAGGAGAUUUUGUGUUUUGUGCGGACCGACUGAUCAGGCUUGUAGUUGAAGAGGGCCUGAAUCAACUCCCCUACUCGGAGUGCACAGUGACCACGCCAACAGGGUACAAGUAUGAGGGUGUCAAGUUUGAAAGAGGCAACUGUGGAGUCAGCAUUAUGAGGAGUGGUGAAGCCAUGGAGCAGGGUCUCCGUGAUUGCUGUCGCUCUAUCCGCAUUGGCAAGAUCCUCAUACAGAGUGAUGAAGAGACACAGAAAGCCAAGGUCUACUAUGCCAAGUUCCCCCCAGAUGUGUAUAGAAGGAAAGUGCUGCUCAUGUACCCCAUUCUCAGUACAGGGAACACCGUGAUUGAGGCUGUGAGGGUGCUGAUAGAGCACGGCGUGCAGCCCAAACAUAUUAUCCUACUCAGCCUGUUCUCCACACCUCAUGGAGCCAAAUCUAUAAUCCAGGAAUUCCCAGAUAUCACGAUCCUGACAACAGAAGUUCACCCAGUGGCUCCAACACAUUUUGGACAGAGGUACUUUGGCACCGACUGAGUUGAGGACAACCUGAGGAACAUGAUCUGCAAAUUGUUUUGGUUGUGUUUUUCAUGUGAUUUGCGUUGUAUUUGUCAUGUUCUCCUCGUUGUGCCAAAUACUGCUGCUUGAUUUACAAAUUUCAUAAACUGAUAUCAAAUUUAUCAAACUGAAAUGUAUUUAUUUUAUGCUGUGUAGUCAUGCUAUAGAAAGAAAACUGCACAUAACCAUGUAAAAAGUUCAGCUUGGAUCAUUUUAUUUUGCAUGUUACAACAUCUGGUGGAUCAAUAAAGAAUGUAUAUUUGUUUACAGACA